UUUGUCGAAGGCCUUCCUGAAAUCCAGACAGGCUACAUCCACGGCAUUCCCUGUAUCGACAAGGAGAAUGGAUAACCCGACAAUUCUGUCUGUCUGGCAGGAGGAGCCAGGAAGGAGCCCUGAAGCCCCGCGUGGGCCGUCCUUUUGUCCGGCCCACCUUCACCCCACACCUAGGGGCCUGUGGGCGGGGCUAAGGGCCUGUGGGCGGGGCCAGGGGCACGCGUGGGUCCCACGGCGCGCGGCGCCGCAUUGCGAGCCUCUCCCGCCGCAGAGGAAGCCGGAGGAUGGGGUGAGGGCCGGGAAGGAAGGAAGGAAGGAAAGAAGAAAAGGAAGGAUGGCCGGCUUCCCUCUGCUCCCGAUGCUGCUCCUCUCCGCCUCGCCAGGUGCGGCAGAGCCCGGCGACGGAGAGGCACCGGGGUCCAAGGGUGUGGGCCUCUCCUGCUUGGCGGCGGCGCCCUCGCUCUCCUGGUUCCUGAAGAGCGGAGAGUCCAGUCUCCUCGCGACCGCCGAGCCCGGGGGCGAGGGCAGCGGCAGCGGGGAUUUUGAGGAGGGGAGUCACGGAACUUUCGCGGCCGGACCUCAGCGGCUGGAGCGGCCACUCAACUGCUCCGCCACCGACUUGGCCACGGGACGAGCCUCCAGCGCCCCCGUCCUCCUCGACGUCCAGUUCCAUCCGGAGCUGGUCCGGCUGGAGGCACACCACAGCGAGGGCCCGGGCCUCCUACUGGUCUUGCUGGUGCUGGUGGAGGCCCACCCGCCGGCCCAGAUCACCUGGGUGGACCCCGAGGGGCAGACCUCCGUCAACACCUCCCACUUCCUCAUCGUGGAGGCCAAGACCUUCCCCUGGCCCAGCGACCACAAUGGCCUCCAUCUCCAGCUGCGUGGCCUGGUGGGCAACCGGUCCAUCUGGGUGGAAGAGGAGCCGGGAAGUGUCGCCAACACCUCCGUCCUGCAGAGCGGUCUGCUGGACCUGCGGAUUGAACUGCCCCUCCUGGCGCUGGUGGUGGGGGCCGCCCUGGCCCUGGGGGCCUUCCUGUGCCUGGGGGCCCUGCUCAGCUGCCUGCUCUGCCGCAAGGGAAAGAAAAAGGCAGGACACUCCCUCCCAGCAGUUGUUCCACUGCCUUCCAGGCCUUUUCUGCUCUUUCCGCACAGCGACUCCAACAACCGCAAGCCCCAGGCGCCACGGAUGCCGCGGGCAAACGUGUCUCUCCCAGCCAACCUGCAGCUGAACGACCUCACAGCCGGGAGGGCAGGGGAAGCUCCCACGGAAGAAGAGGAGGAGGAGCGGGCUGUCUCGGAGCCAGAGAACCGCCUGGUCCUGCUGGAGAGAGGUUGGGGCCAAUUCCCCAUGGUGGGGUACAUCUACCGAGCCUCCAGCAUGAGCAGCGAUGAGAUCUGGCUAUGACUCCCAUCCCAACCAGUGGAUGCAAAGGCCCCUCGAGGCCCAAGGCGAUGAAAAGGCGUGCCGAGAAUCAUAGAAUCGUAGAGUUGGAAGAGACCUCAUGGGCCAUCCAGUCCAACCCCCUGCCAAGAAGCAGGAAAUCGCAUUCAAAGCGAUUUGAAGGUGCUUGUUCCCUUGGAGCAGGACAUUGCAAAGGGCUCCAGGGAGUCAGGGCUGGGGUCCUGGGCAGGAAGGGCCGGGCCAUAUCUGUGGUGUGCUCUGGGUGAGGGCCACAACGGCAGCACCAGCACCUUGAAUGUAGACCCCUCCCUCCCUCCCUCCGCAUGGCUGCUUCCCCUCCCUGGCCCACAGCUCAGCCCUGUGCUGCUCAUCCUCUGAUGCACGCACCUUUUGCACUUUCCCCAAUGAGGGGCUGUGGCCCUUUGCUUCUUUCUAUGCACAUCCUGGGCUCUUGCUGAACAGGUGAGCUUUGCCCCUUCCCUCCCCCUUUGCCUUGGUCAGGGCCGACGGCGAGAGCCAGGAUUCAAACGAGAUCUCUAAUCGUGUUUAUACAUAACAAUGAAUAAAUGAUGUGGGUCGCAGAAGGAC